UCUCCUCUCCCUCUCUCCCCCUCUCACACACACGCACACACACGCGCGCACGCACGCACACACGGAGCAUCCUCCCGGCAGGUCUCCCAGUGCAGCCCCGCCCGCGCCUCCGGCUUCCUGCAAACCUUCUCCUUCUUCCCGCACCGCCCCCCGCCCGCCCUUCCCUCCGGCUCCGGGACCCUUCCCGCCGACCUCCGCCCCCACCUCCGGGAUGGAGCAGCUCGAGCCCGCCCGGAGCCCCCCGCGUCCGGGGUGACGAGACAGCCUGGAGACCCCCUCUGCCUCCGGGCCCGCGCCUCGAGCACUAUGGGCCGGAGGGGUUCCCGGGGCGCCGGACGCUGAAGAUGACCGAUGCUGGAGUUCUUUUGAGCCAUGGCUUCUUCAAAGCUCCGAGAACCUGCAGAUGAAGUUUUUGACCUGGACUUGGCUGUGCCUGAGACCGCCAGGCUGGACAGCAGCUUACACAAGGCCCGGGCCCAACUGCUGGCCAAGGGCCGGAGACAUCGGCCAUCCCGCUCGAGGCUUCGGGACAGUGCCAGCUCUGCUGAGGACGGCGAGGGCUCUGAUGGGCCAGGAGGCAAGGUGACCGACGGCUGCGGGAGUCCCCUGCACCGGCUGCGCUCCCCUUUGCACUCGGGCCCAGGGUCCCCGGGAGGGGGCUCCUUCUGCCUGGAGCCCCCGGGGCUGCGGCGCAGCCUGGACGAGGACGAGCCACCGCCUUCGCCGCUCACCCGCUACCGGCCCCUGCACAACGCCGCCUCGCACGAGGGCCUGGCCGCCGCCUCGUGCUCCCCGCCGCGCUCCGCACCCUCCUCCGACAGCUCGCCCAGCUUCGUGCGCCGCCACCCGCGCGCGGAGCCGCACAGCGAAGACGACAGCCGGGAUGCCAGCCCUCCAGAACCUGCCAGCCCCACGAUUGGGCUGGAUAAGAAGACUCGCCGGAAGUUCCUGGACCUGGGGGUCACCUUACGCCGAGCAUCCACUGGCAAGAGCCGGAAGGACAAGGGCGGCAACCGCCUGUCCAUGGGCAGCAGGGAGUCGGUGGAGGGGUCUGGCAGGUCAGGGGGCUCCCCGUUCCUGCCCUUCUCCUGGUUCACAGACAGCGGCAAGGGCUCAGCGUCCUCGGGGAGCACCACCUCCCCCACCUGCUCCCCCAAGCACGAGGGCUUCAGCCCUAAGAAGUCCGCUUCCCAGGAAUCCACCCUGAGUGACGACUCCACGCCCCCGAGCAGCAGCCCCAAGAUCCCGAGUGGUCCCCGGCAGGAGGCCAAAUGUUCCUACCCCUACCACACACUGUCCCAGUCUUCGGAUGAGUUCCUGGAUGAACCCCUCCCCACUGUCCACCACUGGACCAGUCAGCAGGUGGGCCAGUGGCUGCACAGCCUCAACCUGGAGCAGUACGCCGCCGAGUUUGCCGCCCGGCAGGUGGAUGGGCCGCAGCUGCUGCAGCUUGACGGAAGCAGGCUGAAGAGCCUGGGGCUCAGCAACUCCCAUGACCGCGCGCUGGUGAAGCGGAAACUGAAGGAGCUGGCGGCUGCUGCGGAGAAGGAGCGCAAGGCCCAGGAGAAGGCCGCUCGGCAGCGGGAGAAGCUGCGGCGCAGGGAGCAGGAGGCCAAGCGGAGCUAGGGCAGGGCGGGCACAGGCCUCACCAGGGAGGCUGGGGGGUGGGGUGGGACGCACGCCCCCUCUCGCCUUGUCACUCAGAUUGGACCCAGAGCCCUCAGAAAGGGAGACCCUCUGGAGCGGGCCCCCUAAUAAAUCCUGUUUCGAGGACGGUCGGGCACCACGUUCCUGGGAGGUAGGUGGCAGGUGCAGGGAAGGGGCAGCGAGGCAGGAGCCAGGAGGGGACCGAGCUCCGCCGACCCUCUGUCCUUGGGCUCCCGUGGUGGGGACUGAGGGAGCUGGGGUGCCUGCUCGCCAGAGGCCCGGAGACCAGCCCUGGGGCCCAGGGCUCAGCAGGAGUGGACAGAGCUGCUCCUCGCCAGCCCUCGCCAGCGGCUGUAUGGUGGCCCAGCUGUGUUCUGUUCCCCAGGGAGGCCCCUGGGCACUGCAGCAAGCCACUCUCAGGGUAGACUGCCGGACACAGCCUCAGCAGAGCUGAGCAAGCAGCAGGGACCGAUGCCAUCUCUGCAGGGACAGGAGGAGACGAGAGGGAGGGUUCCAACCCCUCCCCCCCGUCCCGGGCCAAGAUGCCACCGUGCAGGGCCGCUCAGUCCCUGCUGCUCCCAUAGAGGGCUGAGCCCUGUCUGGGGGCUGAUGGGGACAUAGGAUACCUACCCACCCACACACACCCCAGCCAGGCAGGAGGCAACACCUGGGGUCCCAGGCUGGAUUGGAAGAGCUCAAAGCCAUCCCUCAUCUGCCCAGGGCAUUGCUGGGGCUUCAGUGGGCCCCAGCCCUGGCAGGCAGUGCAGGCCGGGGCUCCCUGGGCCACCGGGAGGGCUGAGGGUGGACUCCCAGCAGCCUGGGAGUGGCACCUGUCCCUUUUAGGAAACAUCCAGGGAGGGGGCAGCCAGGCAUAGCCCAGCAGCGAGCCCAGCGUCUGGCGCCUUGGAACAGUGGAUGGGACCCAUGCAUGCUGACCCCCUCGUUCCUGAACAGGGGCUGUGGCAGACGCCCAGGGCCCUGUCACUGGGACUCUGCCCUUUCCUCUCUGCCAUCUGUGCUGGGAGAGGGGCUUCAGGGGAAACUGAGGUGUGGGGACAUGGGCACCCCCUGGGCCAGGUGGAGGAUGGGUGGCACCUGCCCGUGAGCUGUGCAGGAGCUGCAUUGGGUGCCCACCUGCAUGUGAGGGGGAGGCGGUUCCUAAUUUACUCCAAUAAACACUUACGAUGUG